AAGGGGACUGGAGCAUUAUGACAGUCAAGUCUUUAAAAGCUUAUGAGUUACCAGAGUCCUUGACGGCUAGCUGCUUCCCCUGCUGAUGUUGUCGGAUGUCAAUAAAGAGAGGUUGAAGGCAACACUUCUAAUGGAGCAGGUAACAUCGAAAGGUGCUGGCUUAAACCCUAACGCAAAAGUGUGGCAAGAAGUACCCCAAGGGAGUGGUGAGGCUGUGCCACCAACAAAUGGCGCAGAGCACUCGUGGCAAGAAACAGCGGCUGCACAAGGGACUCACACCGAGGGUAACGUAGAGAUUUCAGAGGACAGCUGCAAGCAAUAUGAAGUGAUGUAUUCCCCGUCUUGUGAAGCCACAAGAAAUGGCACAGGAGUUGAUGAAGCAUCUGCAAAUGGAAUUGUCCUAGCAACUGAAGAUCUUGGAUACCAAAUCUAUGAAGUGUCUGGUGAAGGCAGCUCCACUGUGUCCACAGAAGACAUUAGAGAAUGUUUGAAAAAACAACUUGAAUUCUGCUUCUCACGUGAGAAUCUUUCAAAGGAUCUCUACUUGAUGUCUCAAAUGGAUAGUGAUCAGUUUGUUCCAAUAUGGACGAUUGCCAACAUGGAAGGUAUUAAGAAGCUGACAACUGAUAUGGACCUUAUUCUUGAAGUUUUGAGAUCUUCUCCUAUGGUACAAGUGGAUGAGAGAGGGGAGAAAGUAAGACCAAACCACAAACGAUGUAUUAUCAUUCUCCGUGAGAUCCCUGAAACAACACCUAUAGAGGAGGUUAAGGCUCUGUUUAAAAACGAAAACUGUCCCAAAGUGAUAAGCUGUGAGUUUGCUCACAACAACAACUGGUACGUUACAUUCCAGUCAGAUACAGAUGCGCAACAGGCGUUUAAAUACUUAAGGGAAGAAGUGAAAACCUUUCAGGGCAAGCCAGUAAUGGCAAGGAUAAAAGCCAUCAACACAUUUUUUGCUAAGAAUGGUUACCGGGUAGUGGAUUCCAGUGUCUAUACUCAGCCAGUUCAAACACAAGCACAGUUUGCCUCACCACUGUUUAUGCAGCCUGUAUAUAGUCCUCAGCAGUACUCUAUUUACAGCAUUGUGCCUCAGACAUGGUCUCCAAAUCCUGCACCUUACUUUGAAACGCCACUGGCCCCCUUUCCUAACGGUGGAUUUGUGAAUGGCUUUAAUACACCAGGAUCAUAUAAAACAAAUGCUGCUUCUUUGAGUAUAGGUCGCCCAUUCCAUAGAAAUCGUGUGAAGCCUCACUUCCGAUCCUCUAACAGCUCCGAACACGCUGUGGAGGGUUCAGCUGCCGUCAGUACCAUGCCAGUGGGGGAUGGACCACUGAACAGAACCAACUCAAGGAAUUUUGUUAUGGAGCGACAUAACAGUACGUUAACUGGGCACCAAGACCAAGGUUAUUCCCAGAAGGAUUCUCCUACCGCGCAGAUGGAGCAGAAUGGCGAUUAUGGCAUUGGCAGGGGCAGGAGGAACGUUUUCAGAGGUCGGAGGAGACGAGAAGAUGACCGGGUUUCAAGACCUCAGCCUUCAACAGAAACAAAGACUCAGACACCAAAGUUUGACUUGCUAGCAUCAAAUUUCCCACCUUUGCCUGGCAGCACAGCAAAAAUACCGGGAGAGCCUGUGCUGGAGAGCAGGAUGUCCGAUAUCGUUAAAGGAGUCUGCAAAGAAAAGGAAAGCAAAGAUUUGCUGCCCAGCUGUCCAGCUCCUGCUCAGGAAGAACAGACGCACAGCACUGUACAGCAGCCUGUGACAAGUGUGAGUUCACCAAGUCAGACUGAAGCUGUGGUGUUAAGCACAGUUCAGCCAGACGGCAAACCGGAAGAAGUGUCUGCUCAGAAAGAUGUUACAAGCCACGCUUCCCCACCGGUGUCUGUCUCCCCUGUCAGUGCUGCAAAGCCGCCAAGGACAAAUACCACUUCACCUUCUCCUAAUGCAAGUGCAGCUCCGGCUUUGUUGGUGCAGGAGCCACGCAAGCUAAGCUAUGCUGAAGUUUGCCAGAAGCCCCCAAAGGAGCCUCCUCCAGUUCCUGUUCAGCCUCUUAGGGAACAUCGCACCAACAUAGUUCCCCCUGCCAAAAGUGAAGAAAAUGGUACACCUGAGAAGGCUUCGGAGAAGGCUCAUGACAAGGUUGAAGGUCGAAUGAAGGAUUAUUCUGGGUUCCGAGGCAACGGGCCUCCCAGGGGAGCUGCUGGGAAAAUCAGGGAACAGAGGCGCCAAUUUGGACGCAGAUCAUCGCCUCAGGGAGCACCUCGACGUAUCGGCAAGGAGCAGUACGUGCCACCCCGGUCACCAAAGUAACACUUGUCCAGCCAAUUAUUCUCUAUUUAAUUUGAGCUGUGGACUAAUAAGCAGCGAAGGAGACUGUGAGAAAAGUAUUCAUGAAGGGGAAUA